AUGUUAUUACUGUGUUCUUUAGACUUUGUGUACUCUGUGUAUCAGCCAAUGUUCAAAUCCAGCCUGAGAGAGAAGUUUAAAAGAGUUAAUGAAGGAAUCUCACAGCAUGGAAGUUCAGCACUUCUGAAUGAGAUCUACACAGAGCUCUACAUCACAGAGGGUUGGAGUGGAGGUGUCAAUAAUGAACAUGAGUUGAAACAGAUUGAGACCCCGUCCAGAAGACCAGCAACACAGGAGACUCCCAUCAAAUGUAAUGAUCUCUUUAAAGACAAGUCCAUCAGGAGUGUGCUGACUAAAGGAGUUGCUGGAAUUGGAAAAACAGUCUCGGUGCAGAAGUUCAUUCUGGACUGGGCUGAAGGAAAAGCUAAUCAGGACGUCACCUUCAUGUUCCCACUUCCAUUUAGAGAGCUGAAUGUGAUGAAGGAGAAACAUCUCAGUCUGAUGAAUCUUCUUCAUCAUUUUUUCCCAGAAAUGAGAAAACUAGAAGUAAUAAACUGUAACUCCUACAAGGUCCUGUUAAUCUUUGAUGGUCUGGAUGAGUGUCGACUUCCUCUAAAUUUCCAGAAGAAUGAGAGAGUGUGUGAUGUGACAGAGUCAGCCUCAGUGGAUGUGCUACUGACAAACCUCAUCAAGGGGAACCUGCUUCCCUCUGCUCUCCUCUGGAUCACCUCUCGACCAGGAGCAGCCAAUCAGAUCCCUCCUGAGUGUGUAGACCAGGUAACAGAGGUACGAGGGUUCAGUGAUCCUCAGAAAGACGAGUACUUCAAGAAGAGGAUGAGUGAUCAGAGACUGGCUAAUAAAAUCAUCUCACACAUGAAGUCUUCAAGAAGCCUCUACAUCAUGUGUCACAUCCCAGUCUUCUGCUGGAUCUCAGCCACUGUCCUAGAGAGAAUGUUGGGUGAAGCAGAGAGUGGAGAGAUCCCCAAGACUCUGACUCAAAUGUUCACACACUUCCUGAUCUUUCAGAUCAAACACAAGGACCAAAAGUACCAUCUGAAAUGUGACCCUGAUCCUCAGCAGACCAGAGAGAGUAUCCUGGCACUGGGAAAACUGGCUUUCCAACAACUGAAGAAAGGAAACCUGAUCUUCUAUGAGGAAGACCUGAGAGAGUGUGGCAUUGAUGUCAGAGAAGCUGCAGUGUACUCAGGAGUGUGUACCCAGAUCUUCAGAGAGGAGUUUGGGCUUCACCUGGGGAAGGUCUUCAGCUUUGUACAUCUGAGUGUUCAGGAGUUUCUGGCUGCUUUAUACAUAUUUUUGUCCUUCAUCAUUAAAAAGAGAAACGUGUUAGUGGGGCAAAAUCCUAGCGUUUUAAAUUUCUUCAGAAAUCCAACCAUGUGUGAUGUCCUCAGGAGUUCAGUGGACAAGGCCCUACAGAGUGAGAAUGGACACCUGGACCUGUUCCUCCGCUUCCUCCUGGGUCUCUCACUGGAGUCCAAUCAGACUCUCUUACGAGGUUUAAUGCCACAGACAGGAAGCAGCUCUCACAGCAAACAGGAAACAGUCGAGUACAUCAAGGAGAAGAUCAGGGAGAAUCCAUCUCCAGAGAAAUCCAUCAAUCUGUUCCACUGUCUGAAUGAACUGAAUGAUCAGUCUCUAGUGCAGGAAGUACAAACUUACCUGAACAGAGGAGAUUACAGUCGUCUCAGGGGAACCAGACUCUCUCCUGCUCAGUGGUCAGCUCUGGUGUUUGUGUUACUGAACUCAGAACAGGAGCUGGAUGAGUUUAAUUUGAGUAAAUACGACCAAUCAGAGGAAUGUCUUCUGAGGCUGCUGCCAGUGGUCAAAGCCUCCAGUAAAGCUGAUCUGUGUUGGUGUAAUCUGACAGAUGAGAGCUGUAGAGUUCUGUCCUCAGUUCUCAGCUCAAACUCCUCCAGUCUGAGAGAACUGGACCUGAGUCACAAUAAACUGCAGGAUUCAGGAGUGAAGCUGCUCUCUGCUGGACUGGAGAAUCCACACUGUACACUGGAGAUACUGAGGAUGCGUUACUGCAGUAUUACAGGUGAAGGUUGUGCUGCUCUGGCUUCAGCUCUGAGGUCAAACUCCUUAUCACACCUGAGAGAGCUGGAUCUGUACAGUAAUAAUCCAGGAGAAUUAGGAGAGACGCUGCUCUCUGAUCUACUGAAGGAUCCACACUGUAAACUGGAGACACUACAUAUUGAUUAUCGUAAACUCAGCAGGAGUGGUGUGUGACAGGAGUCUCAGCUCAGACCUCUUUUCCAGGAUAAAGCAGUUUUGGUGAAGCGUUAGAACCCGUCCCACAUAUCCAGCAGUUUGGGAGCUGAAUCAUUCAUAUUCAUAUGUAGAAGCUCCAUAACAAUAACCGUGACUGAUCACAUCCUUUUAUCCUCUCAGCUACAAGUUACUUCAGGCUUUAAUAACAUAUUUUACACUCCAAAGUCAAAUCCUUCAGCGUCUACACACAACACAGAGACCUCAUCAUCACCUCAUCAUACUGAUUACACAAAUACACAUCCAUGUGUUGGAGCAGUUUAUAGAUUAUUUUACCUCCUUAUUUUUAUCUCUUUAUUCAGAGUGUUUCUGCUCAACAUGGCUUCAUUCAGUUUAUUGUGACAUGAUUUAGAAAUAUUUUUCUUACAAUAUAUUUAGUCACAGUCGUAAUUUACUAUUUUUAUAUUUUUGUUGUUCCCUGUUUGCUAAUCUGAUU